UUCUUGCAAGGCAUCCAUCAGUAACUUCCAAAGUGUGGCCAUAUACUGGUACCGACAGAAACCGGCCAAGGCUUAGAGCGUCUAAUGCAUGUCAUUUCUACUUCGCGUCAGCGCGCUGCAGAUGGGAAGGACAGGAAAUUUGAGGCAAGUAAAAACUUUAGGGCUUCCACAUCAACUUUGAAAAUAAAUUUCUUAAAGACAGAAGAUGAAACUAGGUACUACUGUUCCUAUGGCUACCGCACAGUGCAAGAGUCACCAGGGGAACCCAUACAAGAACCAUGCCCAGAUACAAAUGGAGACCUGGUCUUGCCCCAGCUGGCACCCCACAUCACUAAGAAAGAGGGAACUACGGCAUUUCUGGAAUGCCGAAUGAAGAUGGUGAGGGCCAAGGAGAAUGUGUACAUCCACUGGUACCGACAGAAGCCAGGGCAGCCUCUGGCACGGAUCCUGUGCAUUUCCUCCAAUGACAAUGUCAUCUACGAGGAAGGCAUUAGUGAGCGAAGAUUUGAAGCUAGGAGGCGGCCAAGCGACCUAUCCUCCAGCCUCAGGAUCCAUCACCUGGCAGAGGAAGAUACGGGCACGUACUUCUGUGCAUAGUGUGAAAGAACAGGCUGGAUCAAAGUGUUUGGACAAGGAACUGAACUCAUAGUAACUUCUGAGAAAACCCUUCAAGAAGACAUUUCUCCCAAGCCAACUAUUUUUCUUCCUUCUGUUGCUGAAACAAAUCUCUAUAAGGCUGGCACGUAUCUUUGUCUUCUUGAGAAGUUUUUCCCUGAGGUUAUCAAGGUGUAUUGGAAAGAAAAGGAUGACAGUAAGAUUCUGGAAUCCCAGCAAGGAAAUCCAAUGAGGAUGAAUGAUACAUACAUGAAGUUUAGCUGGCUAACUGUGAGUGGAAAGGCAAUGAAGAAAGAACACAUAUGCAUCGUCGAACAUGAGAAUAACAGAGGAGGGGUUGGUCAAGAAAUUCUGUUUCCUCCAAUAAUGAAAGCUUCCACCACUUCUUAUUCUAGAGAUUGUGUGAAAGAUGAAAAUGAUGUGUUUCAGCAGCAGCUCACAAACACCUGUGCCUACUACACCUAUCUCCUUCUGCUCGUCAAGAGUGCCAUCCACUUGGCCAUCAUCACCUUCUGUCUGGUUAGAAGAACAGUUGUCUGUGGUGAUGGGAAGACAUCAUAAAGGGAUCAGCAGUCAUGGUUCCACUGUGUGUGCUGAGGGCAUAGCUGAGCUUGCUGGCUUGUUAGGUGGCAUGCCUGUCACUCAGUCAUUAGUGCAUGAAUUUUCAAGUCUGUAGAUACACCAGGCAACUUCACUCUGCUACAAGUAGCCCCCAUAGCACCUGGCCCCAUAGCCUCUAGCAGCCUCUCCAGUAUCCCAGACCACCCAAAAUUCCACUGGAAACAGCUUGCAGCUUCUAGAACUGUUUCUUGCUGCCCUUGGUCAGAGUUCACCCUGAAAGCCUCUGUGUAUCGUGAAAGGUUUCCCUACUUGAAUUCUACGCUUUGUUCUGCAAGAGACACGAUAAAUAAAAAUGUCAAAAGUCUGUUUUUUGUCACUGUGUGCUUUUGAUAUAGUGCAUGUGUGCUUUUCAUUGGAUGUAGCUGAAUUGUUGAGUCUGAGUG